AUGUAUGUAGAAAUUGGUAAAAUUUAAUAAACUAUAAAUUUCAUUAUAAAACACUUUGCUACUAAUAUUCUGAAUGCUGUAGUUAAUAAUGAAUUAAUAAUACAGUAUUUUAUAUUUUAUUUAUGCAAACUGAGAGGAAGGAAGGAAAGCUAGCUGGUAGUUGCGAGAUGGAGGAUUUAAUUAGUAACGUUUAGUAUGAUAUUGUUAAAGUAUACCCUUUUGAAGUGGUAAAUCAGCAUUUUAGUAAUUUUGUUGAAAAUUCAAAGGAGUUUUAAGAGACAAGGGAAUAGCUGGUAAGAAUAGGUUCCAAUCUUCGAUUAAAAGUUGAUGAUUGGCCAUCAAUUGAGGAAGCAAAAAUGUUAUUCUAAUUAAAUAUGUAUAGAAUUUGAUCAACUUAAUUAAAGUUAGAAUGCUAAGAGAAGAAGUGUAAAAUGGAAUGAUUAAGAUAAAAGAUUAUUUUAUUGGGUGGUUAUCAGAUAUUGUUUAUUAAAAGAAAUCAAUUAACUUGUAAUUAAAAUUAUUCUUAAAACUAAGACACCUGUUGAAUGGAGAGAUAUAGCUAAAAUGACUAUAGGUCGGAAUGCUCAUUAAUGUAGAUUGAAAUGGGAAUAGAAAUAUAAAAUUUCACUUUCAGAGGCUCCAUGGACAGAAGAAGAGGAUUAAUUACUAUAAUAAGUGCAUGAGUACUAAUUAAGCAAUAUCUUAAAGAGAAUUUAGUAGAUUAGGAAAAGAAAAUAAAUGGUCUUAAAUAGCAAGAGAGAUAUACAAGAGAUCUCCUAAUAAAAUAUUUAGAUAACCAAAAUAAUGUAGAGAGAGAUGGAUUAAUAGAUUAGAUCCAAAUAUUUGCAAGUAAUGAGAUGAUUAAAUUUGAAGUGAACCUUGGUCAAAAUAAUAGGAAAUAGAUCUAUUAAAAACCAUUUUAAUUAGAGGAAAGAAAUGGUCUGAAUUAUCUGCUUUAUAUGGAAGAGUGAGAACAGAGAAUUCUCUUAAGAAUAAGUAUAAUUCUCUUUUAAAAAAAGAGAAAUUAAAAUAUGAAUUUGAAACGAUUAAUCCAUAAUUAUUUUCAAAAGUAUAAAAAUUAAGGAUGGAUUAUGCAAAUAAAUAUGGUAAAAUAACACCAAUUGAAGAGAUUGAUAAUUAUGAAUGGUAGUUUAUAGUAUUGGCAAUUUAAAGUUUAUAUAUUGAUUUAUGUGUUUCAGAAGGUAAAUAUUAAGAAGCAUAAAAAAUAAAAAAUGAUGAUUUUUUUGAUUUAUUUCAUAAUGAUUUAACAUCAAGCAAUAAGAAUGAUGUAUUAUACAAAAAAGUAUUAAAUAUAAAAAGAGUGGAUAAUCAAUUUUCUGUUGAUAAUGAUAGAUCUGGUGUAGUACUUUUUAAUAAAAAAACAAAAAAGUUAUUUAUAUCACCAUUUAAUACAUUAGAUUAUUAAGGAUUAAUAUUAAAACAUAUAUACAAAUAAAUAAAAACAGAAGAGAAUAAUAAUAAUAAUAGUAAAUGUUCAACUCUAACUUAAUCUGAUCAUAAUAUGUUUAUGAUGUAAAAAUCUAUAGAUGAUAUAAAUCGAUAAAGCACAAUGCAACCAUUAUUAUUAUUGGCUAAUUAACCAUCAUUUAUGAUGCCAUUAGGAUAAAGCAUGAUAAAUAGUUAUUGGUUACCACCUGUAUUACCUUGUAUGUCAUAAUCUAUUGGAGGAUAUUAGCAUUAAUAAAAGAAUAUUUAAGAAUAAGUGGCUUAAAAAAUUAAAGAAAUUAAUAAGCCAACAAGUUUUGAUGAUUUAUUUGGUAAUGAUAUCAAAGUUGUAGAUUCUGAUGGAGAAAAAUGA